GUUAACAAGUUCCCGCGUAUGUACCUGUAUCUAGCUAGUCUGUUAUUUAGUUUAUGUGUUCAUGGCGUAAUGUCGUGCGUGAUUAUUUGAAUUUAAUCGUUUUUCCGCCGGCAUCCAUUGAACGAAUUUAAUAAUAAUAACAACGAACAAGUAACAAAUAAAGGAUUUAUAACUUGUAUCGUACGAAACAAUGUGUUCAACAGUGUUACCGACAACAAUAAAAAUGGUGGAUAUACCGGAGGAAGCAAAAUGCAUAGUCCAAACAGCAGACGGACCCAUUUGUGGAUAUUGUGAAAAGACUGACGAAGGUAUUUGUUACAAGUUUAAAAGUAUACCUUAUGCUAAACCACCACUAGGCCACUUGAGAUUCCUGCCCCCAUCUCCAAUACCACCGUGGACAGAAGUAUUAGACUGUACGAAAGAUGCUCCGAACCCUGUCUGCCGGUCAGUUUACGAUAUUAUUAGUGGAUCAGAAGACUGCCUAUACAUUGAGCUCUCUACUCCUAGUAUAAAGCCUGACAAACCAAUACCAGUAAUGUUCUGGAUAGGAGGAUACGGCUACUCAUGUGUCUUAGACCCCAUCUUAGAUGCCACUUUAUUCAAUUAUCAAAAUGUUAUAUUCGUAAGGUGUGGCCAUAGAACGGGUCCGUUUGGAUACCUCUCCAUAAAUGACUACGCUGCACCAGGAAAUUGCGGACUCAAGGAUGUAGUAAUGGCCCUAAAAUGGGUUCAACGAAAUAUAAGUACCGUUGGCGGUGAUCCAAACAAUGUCACAAUUUUCGGAAGCUCUUCAGGUGGAGCUAUGGUCAACUUUAUGAUGUUAUCGCCAAUGGCCACCGGAUUGUUUCACAAACUUAUCAUACAGAGUGCCAGUGUUUUGAAUAACUGGUCUUUAGCAAAGAACCCAUCACAAGGUGUUAUAGAACUGGCAAAAAUACUCGGUAUAGAGAAGACAUCUAAGCAGGAAAUCGUUGAGGAGUUACGAAGGAUCCCUGCAGUAGAUAUUGCUGAAGCUUUCAAAAACUUCCACAUUGGUUUUAGCGAAGGUGUCGAAAGUGAUUUAUUUGAUUCUGUUUUCAAACCCUGCAUUGAAGUAGACCUAGAAGGACAAGCUGCAUUUAUCACAAAGAGUCCAAUAGUCAUUCUGAAAUCUGGUAAUUUUAAUAAAGUACCGUGUAUCAUCGGAAGUAAUAAUAUAGAGGGUGCAGUUUUACAAUACGUUGUAGAAAAUUUUUGUUCAAAUUUUGAAAAAUAUAACGAGAAUAUCAAAUUGCUCGUGCCUCGAGAACUAGCGAGAAGAGACAGAAUGUCUGACAAUAUAGGGCAUCAGAUAUUGAAGUUUUAUUUGGACGGAGAAGAACAUUUGAGUGAGAAAAAUAGGACUCAAUAUUUGCAAUUGAUCAGUGAUUAUUAUUUUUCAUAUUAUGUUAAUAAGACUGUGAAAUUACUGUGUGAAUUUGCACCUUCGUAUCCCGUAUACUACUACAUACUGAACUAUGCCGGAGAAUGGGCAGUGCCUGAGAAGUUCAAUUUUUUCAACUCUACUGGGCAUGGUGCGGAGUUACCAUUCCUGUUUCGUAUAAAAAUGCCAGAUGUCUGUAAAGGCAGUCCAGAUUCUAUAACUACUAGGACAAGAGUGAUCAAAAUGUGGACUAACUUCGCUAAAACAGGAAACCCAACACCAGAUCCAGAUGACCCACUGCUCUGGAUAACUUGGGACCCAGUGGAAAGCAAAGAAAAGCUGAAUUAUCUCAGUAUAGGACAAGAACUGACGAAGGGUAGGAAUCCCUUUCAAGAACGAAUGAAAUUUUGGGAUAAACUGCACAAAGAACACAUGUUUUUAAGGGCUUUAGUGCAUUUUAAUGAUUCGGGAUAUUCAGUAUAAAACCUUCACUAGCCUGUAACUGUCUUUAUGUGCAAAGGCCUCUUCUUGAACGGAGGAGGAAUGAGCAUUAGUCAUCACGCUUGCUUAAGGUGGAUUUGCGAUAUCAAAGUCAUUGGAAAUUGUACGGUUUUUCUCAAGAAAGAAGAAAGAUUGCCAGUUUUUGGCCUCGUACUCUCAUUUAAGAAGCAGACACCGAAGGAUAUUUCCUUACACUAUUGUGUUAGGUCUAUGUUUGGAAAUUUUAUUACGAUCUGAAAUUUUAAUUGCGUCCAAUAUACAAUGUAAACACGAUGUUGAUUUUUAUUUGCGCUAACAUCAUUUUA